GUAGUACAAUAUUCAAUGGUGUCUUGAGAAGAUAAACAUAAAGUAUCGAUCUGUUAAGAAACUUUUAGCAACUGAAUGUCUGCUAAAAAAAUCAGAUUUCUUCCACUCGUUAGAUCUCAUGGGAGUCACCGAUUGUAGGGUCCACUUUAUCAUAACUUUAAUCCAUUCCUUGAGCUAAAAUGUUCAUCAAGACAUGGCUUCUACAGUUUCGGGUUGCUCUUUUUACCGUGCGCGCUCUUGCGUACAACAAAGCGAACGCUAGAGCUGUCGUAUUUGACUCCGCAUUUAGGCCAGUAUUCUGGGUUGUAGACCGUUUUGUAAAUCUACUUGGUCCGGUUUUUGUGCUUCUUGUGAUUGUGUUGAUCACCGCAGUUGUUAUGAUUUACUAUACAACUAUCCUACCAUCGAUACUAGAGAAACACAUCGUUCGGAUUAUUCUGCAUUUGUUGGUAGCACACUGGCUGUUGCUCAACAUUUCAUUUCACUACCUGAAAUCAGUGUUUACUUCCCCAGGGUACCCCCCUGAGGGAGACAAGUUACCAGGAAAACCUGAAAAUUAUUUGAUUUGUAGAAAAUGUAGUCAAGCUAAACCUCCAAGAACACAUCAUUGCUCAAUAUGUAAAAGGUGUAUUUUAAAGAUGGAUCACCAUUGUCCUUGGAUUAACAAUUGUGUUGGUCAUUUUAAUCACCGCUACUUCAUCCUGUUCUGUAUUUACAUGACUCUUGGCUCUCUUUAUGUUGCUGUCUCUGCAUGGGAUCUGUUUCUUGAACAUUUCUUUUCUCCAAAGGGAAAAGACCUGAGUAAUAGUAAAAGUAAUGUGAAUUACCACCAGAGUAAAGCUGAAAUAAUGAGGGAAAAGAUAGCAAAUGUUGUGGUUAUGGGUGGCUACAAGAACCUCUUAGAAUUCGAGCAUAACAGUUCAGUAUUUGUAUUUAUGCUAUGCUCUGCCGUUACUUUGGCUCUUGGACUGCUGACAUUAUGGCACGCAAAGCUAAUUGCUGAUGGACAGACUUCAAUAGAACUUUACAUUAACAGAGCAAACCAACGUGCCUUCCGAAAGAAAGGCCUGGUUUAUAAAAAUCCUUAUAAUUAUGGAGCAUGGGAUAACUGGAGAUUGAUGCUAGGCCUUGUCAACAACAGAUCCUGGAUGAGUGUACUGUUACCUUCUUCACACCAUCCCUAUGGCAACGGCUUAAGCUGGCCGCCUCCACCACCUAAAACUCCUAAGAAUAAGAUAUUGCCCUUAUGACAGUUGUUUGCUCAAGAAAGAGCAAUAACAGCAUUGUAUGAUGUGAAAAAGUUAUAUAAAUGUAUGCAUUAAGAUAUGGAAUAUACUUAUAUAUUUUUAAGAAACAGACAAUAAACAUUUAUCUUGCC